AUGUGGUACGAAAUUUUACCGAGUUUCUUAAUUAUUACAGCUGGCCUUGGAGUACCGGGCUGGGCUCUAUAUCAUAUUCACAAUUUGACCUUAGGCAAUCAUUUCAGACGAAGUCUUCAUUCCCGUUGGGACCGUAUGUCCUACCAAAGAGAUAUGAGGAUAACAGGAAAUCCUUACAAAGUUAAUGGAUUGGAUGCUCUUCCAGAUAAA